AUGGAAUUCCUCGAAGAAAUUGCCGAUGGCUUCCGGAUUUGGCCUGAAGCACCUCUCUACCAUCGCCCCGACGAGCUGAAUCUCAAGUACGAAACCGUCACGUUUCCAUCCGAGGACGGUGUGCCUCUUGAAGGAUGGUUCUUCCCAUGCAAUGGAUCGGACAAGAUUAUAAUCAUGAACCAUCCUAGGCUAUUUAACAGGGCCGGUCUUCCAUCUCAUACUGAACCAUGGAACACGUUGACUGCUCCCUUGGGUAACAACUUCGACGUCAACUUCAUCCCCGACUACAAGAUUCUUCAUGACGCUGGAUAUAACGUGCUUACUCAUGACUUCCGAAACUAUGGCAUGAGUGGUAGGGGCAACAACGUGCUUUACUCUGGUGGACGCUAUGAAUCUUACGAUGUCAUCGGUGCUCUUCGCUAUAUCCGCAAACGCAAGGACACCAAGGACAUGACCAUCGGCCUAUUCCCCCAAUACAUGGGUGGUAGCGCUACUUUCUUCGCCAUGGGCACACACCCUGAAGAAUUUAAAGACAUCCGGACCAUUGUCUUUCCCCAGCCGAUCUCAGCCAAUAUGAGCAGCAAAGUUACCCUUCAAACAGCUGGUAUCGACCUUGACUAUCUCAAAGAACUUGACGAUAUGUACUCUCCUAUUCCUUCGGCUAGGAAUGUCAACAUCCCGACGUACAUGUUCCAGGUUCGCAAUGAUCUUGCUACUCACUGGUCUGAUGUUCAGGAUGUCUUCGAUGCUAUCCCUGCUGAGGAUAAGGAGCUUUUAUGGAUUAAUGGAACGACUCGAAGAUGGGACGGAUAUUUGCACUUUCAGCGUCACCCUGAUGCGAUUCUCAAGUGGCUUGAGCGGUGGAUGAACUAA